GUCUGUGCGCUCCGAUCAGCUGUCGGAGGCGUGACCUGGUUCAACACAAGUUGUUCCUGAAGUGUAUUGAGUUUUCCUUAUUACUCACUGUGUCUGAGUCGAACAGAUUUCUCAAUUUUGAGGCGCUAAAUGGGAGCGGGUCCAAGCAGACAAAGACCAAGGCCACAACAGCAGACGUAUCCACCACCGAACGUCUACCAGCAGCAGGGCUUGCCUCCGUUCUACCAGGAUCCCCAGUUCAUCAACAAUGGACACUACGGUCAAUGGAGGCCGCCUUACCCACCUGCUGGACCGUUUGCACCGCCACACCCGCAGUUCAGGCCGCCGGGGCCACCCAUGCAUCCACCCCCGCACCACCCCAUGCAAGUGCCACCCGCAACUGAGCUGACGCAGACGGCCACCAUCCGCAACGCAGUCAACCUCAAAAAGCCCACGCUGCGCCUGGAGCCAGUCGACGGCGACUCCAGCCGCCUCGCCGUGCACUUUAAUUUUGACGCCUCAGAGCCCUGCAGUGUGACGACGUUUGUAGUGGUCAUGGAGGACCCCUCGAAGUCAUGCGCGCUCACGCAGUUGAAGCAGGCCAUCACAGAACCUGUGUUGUAUGAGAAGGGGCUGGUCCUGAAGUUCCCCAAGGAUGGGGCUGCGCAUGCAGUGCUGGAUGUGGGGCUGUAUGAGGACCGGGAGCUGACAUCGGCUGACGGGGAGACCUACCCGCUAGUGGUCCGCAUGGAAACCAUCACCGAGAAGGGCAAGGCCGACGGCCACACCCUGCAGGAGCUAAGACCCGGCGCGGCGCAGAAGGUGUGGGUGCAGUCGCAGACCACCUUUGCGGUGCUGGUAAAAGACGAGGAGGGCGGCUGGGGUGCGCGCGUGCUGAAGCAGAAGAUCUGGGUCGAGGGCGUCUCCUAUGAGCUCCAGGAGAUCUAUGGCAUGGAGAACUCAGCAUCUGUGCCCUCCGUGGGCGAGGGGACGCUGGAAGAAAAUGAGGAGCGGCUGUGCGUUAUCUGCCUCGUCAACGAGCGCGACACCACCGUGCUCCCCUGCCGGCACCUCUGCAUGUGCCACGACUGCGCGCAGGAGCUGCGGAAGCAGACGUCCAAGUGUCCAAUCUGUCGUAAUCAUGUGGAGUCCCUGCUGCACAUCAAGAUGGCCCAGCGCAAAUCCAAGCCGCAAGUCGACUCGUCUGCCAAGGUUGCUGAAGCCGUCAAGGACCUCAAGUUGUAGUAUUCCCCCAGGGAACCCUCAGAAUACGCAUGCAAGGUGGCCACCUCUUGGGAUUCUAUUUUUUGCGCAAGGAGUAGCGCCGGGUUUCACUCAGAGACAGGAACGCUCUGACCCCAGUUGGUGAGGAUUGGUUUGGAGCGUCUCUGGCUGAUUAUUAUUUCUUGAUGGGCAAAAAAAAGGCUAUGCUGGAUUGUUGGCAUACUGGAUGGGCAUCCUUGCAGACAUCUCAGUUUUGUUCUGCUGAUUUUAGUUGAUACCUCUCCUCCUUGGGACACAGACCGUGUCACUGCCAGUAGCAGUGUGAUGACAGCAAAUGCGUUUGUUGAGCUGGCUGGUAUGAAUAAGCCUCAAGUGAAUAGGGAAGACCUUUUUCUACCAGAAGAGUCCUUGACAUGAUGAUGUCGACAAUGUGGAGGCCGACAGAGCUGCAGCAUGAUAUUAUAAUUGAGGUUGAUGUACUAUUAACCUUUUGUCGAAGCAUUAUACUUGCUGAUUGGUCAUGUAAUAUGUAGGGUUUGUGCAACUC